AUGGAUCGGCAGCAGUUAGAAAAGUUAUCUGUGAGUGAGCUACAGGAUGAAGCCAAGAAAUAUGGGCUAAAUCCUCCGAACGAUACAUCGCGCUGUAUAGACAUGAUCAUGUCUUAUUUGGAGAGACAAGCCACGUCCGAUCUACAAAAAAGAGAAACGCGUGCCGCCACUAAAAGUAAGGCGAUGCAAUCAACAGUCGCAGCGACGACGCCGACAGAAUCAUCCGAUUUAUCUCAAAUCUGUGCUUGGAUGGCACAACAAAUGCGUAUCCAGCAAGAAGAUAAGCAAGAACAAAGGCGUCUCCAGCAAGAACAAAUGCGUAUCCAGCAGGAAGAUAAGCAAGAACAAAGGCGUCUCCAGCAAGAGCAAAUGCGAUUUCAGCAAGAGCAAAUGCGUAUCCAACAAGAAGAUAAGCAAGAGCAAAGGCGUAUCCAACAAGAACAAACACUUAUUCAGCAAGAGUUUCAACGAGAACAAGCUCGAAACCAACAGGAACAGCAGCGGCAAAAUCAAGCUAUGAUGCAGCAGAUGGUCGAGUUAACUAAUUUGUCUCGUGAGAACUCUCAAAAUGGGAUACGUAAUAUUACAAGUGAAGACAAUGUUAUACGUGCGGAUCCCGAUAGUUCAAUUACACGUCGCCAGCCAAUUUCGUCAGUAGCGACCGCACACGCUGUUAAAUUGUUGACGACUCAAAUUCCUGAAUUUGCCGGAACAGAAGAAGAGAAGAUAGAAAUAUGGAUUCAGACUGGAGAGAGAAUUGCACAAAUCCAUGCAGUUUCGGAUGAUGUGUUACUCUUAGCAGCUUCUAGUAAACUCGUCAAAAAUGCCAAAAGAUGGUUUGAUCUCAAUGUGACAACGUUGAUCGAAUCCUGGCAGAUAUUUAAAGAAGCCAUAAUACGUCGAUUUAAACGGAAGAUAUUGUUUCAUGUGGCUAUGCAAAAAGUUGAG